CAGGCUCAGGCACGAGCCAAUAGGCCCACCCACCCAUACACCCACAGUGCAGCAGAGUUUUGCAGAGGCAGCCUCCUCCAGCCUCUGUACUGAGGCUCUUCUGUGCACUUGCUGCAGCUGCAGGCCCAAUAUGCCAGCUGUCCAGCUGCUGUUGCUGGCCUGCAUGGUGUGGGGAGCAGGGGCCAAGGCAGCCCAGCUCCGCAAGGCCAAUGAUCGGAGUGGCCGGUGCCAGUACACCUUCAGUGUGGCCAGUCCCAAUGAAUCCAGCUGCCCUGAGCCGGGCCAGGCCAUGUCAGCCAUCCAGGACCUACAGAGAGACAGCAGUACCCAGCGUGCAGAGCUGGAGUCCACCAAAGCCCGGCUUAGCUCCCUGGAGAGCCUCCUCCAGCGGCUGAACUUGGACCAGGCUGCUGGGCCCCAGGAGGCCCAGGAAGGGCUGCAGAGGGAGCUGGGUGCCCUCAGGAAGGACCGGGACCGGCUGGAGACCCAAGCCAGAGAGCUGGAGGUGGCCUAUAGCAAUCUCCUUCGGGACAAAUCGGCACUGGAGGAAGAGAAGAGGCGACUGGGACAGGAGAAUGAGGAGCUGGCCAGGAGGCUGGAAAGCAGCAGCCAGGAGGCAGCAAGGCUGAGAAGGGGCCAAUGUCUCCAGGCCGGGGGCCCCUCUCAGGACCUGCUGUCGGGCUCCCGGGAAGUUCCUCAGUGGAAUUUAGACAACUUGGCCUUCCAAGAGCUGAAGUCAGAGUUAACUGAAGUCCCUGCUUCCGGAAUCCUGCAGGAGAGCCCCUCGGACCGGCCCAGGACCGGAGAGGGAGACGGUGGAUGUGGCCGGCUGGUUUGGGUGGGAGAGCCCGUCACUCUGAGGACUGCAGAAACAAUCACUGGCAAGUACGGAGUGUGGAUGAGAGACCCCAAACCCGUGCACCCCUACACCCAGGAGACCACGUGGAGAAUUGACACGGUUGGCGUAGACAUCCGCCAGGUCUUUGAAUACAGCCUCCUCAGCGACUUCGUGCAGGGCUACCCGUCCAGGGUCCAUGUGCUGCCCCGGCCCCUGGAAAGCACAGGAGCUGUGGUGUACGCAGGGAGCCUCUAUUUCCAGGCCGCCGAGACCAGAACAGUGAUCAGAUACGAGCUAAACACAGAGGCAGUGAAGGCUAAGAAGGAAAUCCCCGGAGCCGGCUACCAUGGACAGUUCCCAUAUUCUUGGGGCGGCUAUACAGACAUAGACAUGGCUGUGGAUGAGACCGGCCUGUGGGUCAUUUACAGCACCGAGGAGGCCAAAGGCGCCAUUGUCCUCUCCCAGCUGAACCCAGAGAAUCUGGAACUUGAACGAACCUGGGAGACCAACAUCCGUAAGCAGUCAGUGGCCAAUGCCUUCGUCAUCUGCGGUACCUUGUACACCAUCAGCAGCUACUCCUCAGCCGAUGCCACUGUCAACUUUGCUUAUGACACAGGCACAGGGCGCAGCACGAGCCUGACCAUCCCAUUCAAGAACCACUACAAAUACACCAGCAUGGUUGACUACAACCCCUUGGAGAGGAAGCUGUUUGCCUGGGACAACUUCAACAUGGUCACCUAUGACAUCAAGCUCGCCAAGCUGUGAGAAGUCUCCAGACCUUAGCAGCAAAGGCCAAAGACGAUGCCAUCCAGGAGCCCAAAGGGGAACGGACUGAAGGGACAGCCAGCCAGCCAGGCCUGCAGCUUUCACUAACCUAGGACACUGCGCGUGGCCACUGUCUGACCACACAAGGACAGGGGUCUGUAGGGUCAGACAACUGCACAUCGUAAUAGAUAUUCUUUUUAAUGGACUCUUUAUCCAAAAUAGUUCUAGUUUUAUGGCAAGUUGGGGCAAGAUAUAGAAGGGCUAGGAAUUUCUUUGUUACAUCCUUGCUCUUGCAAUUUGCAUGAUUGUCAUGGGCCAUGAUCAAAAACAGCACUUCUAAAGGAAGAGGAAACGCUCUUGAAGCCAGGAUUGAACAUAUGUGUGAGAUGUACUUGGUGGAAUUGGAUGCAUUAUUCAGAUACAGAUCAGCUGGGCAUUAUAUAACCCUUUGCCCUGUGAAAUAAAAUUACCUUACACAUUA